UCACUGCUCGUUUUCUCCCGAGGUUACUAAUUGCUGUUAUUGGAAAAGAAGGGGUCGCAUUUUUCCAAUUAUGAGAACUUCAUGGGCAGAUUCUGUUGCUAAUUCUCAAGCAGAGAAUCCAACCACUGGUGCAUCUGAUAAUAACAGCUCAUUUCACCCUGCACGGUCAACUUAUGUCCCGCCACAUCUUCGUAAUAGGCCACCGUCUUCUGAUCCUCCGGCUCCUUCACAGUCUGCCCCACCACCAGCUAAUGACCGUGUAGGUAACAGUGGGCCUGCAGCUGGGCCCGCCUGGGGUGCUGGUAGUUCUAGACAUGAUGCUGGGCGCCCAGGAUAUGUUUCCAGUGGUGGUCGAAAUGUUGGUGGUUGGAACAAUAGAAGCGGAGGGUGGGACCGUGGGAGGGAUCGUGAGGUAAACCCUUUUGCUGAUGAAGACAUCACAGAACCUGCAUUUAGUGAUCAAGAAAACACUGUCAUUAACUUUGAUGCUUAUGAGGAUAUCCCGGUUGAAACUAGUGGGGAUAAUGUGCCACCACCUGUGAAUACUUUCGCAGAGAUAGACUUAGGGGAGGCUUUGAAUUUAAAUAUUCGGAGGUGCAAGUAUGUGAAGCCGACUCCUGUUCAGCGUCAUGCAAUUCCUAUUUCUCUUGGAGGGCGGGAUUUGAUGGCUUGUGCUCAGACAGGUUCAGGGAAGACAGCUGCUUUCUGCUUUCCGAUUAUUAGUGGAAUCAUGCAGGGGCAGUAUGCUCAGAGACCUCGUGGAGCACGUACUGUGUACCCUCUUGCUCUUAUUCUCUCCCCUACUAGAGAACUCUCUUGCCAGAUACAUGAAGAAACUAGAAAAUUUUCUUAUCAAACUGGUGUCAAGGUGGUAGUUGCUUAUGGAGGAGCACCAAUAAACCAACAGUUGAGAGAGCUUGAGAGGGGGGUGGAUAUUCUUGUGGCAACUCCGGGACGAUUGGUAGAUCUGCUUGAGAGGGCAAGAGUGUCGUUGCAGAUGAUAAGAUAUUUAGCUCUUGAUGAGGCAGAUCGGAUGCUGGACAUGGGUUUUGAGCCUCAAAUUAGGAAGAUAGUGGAACAGAUGGACAUGCCUCCACCAGGUUUGAGACAGACCAUGCUAUUUAGUGCUACCUUUCCAAAGGAGAUACAGCGACUGGCAUCAGAUUUUCUUUCAAAUUAUAUAUUUUUGGCUGUCGGAAGGGUUGGUUCAAGUACUGAUCUAAUUGUUCAAAGAGUUGAGUUUGUUCACGAGUCUGAUAAAAGAAGUCAUCUCAUGGACCUCCUUCAUGCACAGAGGGAAAAUGGAGUUCAUGGCAAGCAAUCCCUGACAUUAGUUUUUGUGGAGACAAAGAAGGGAGCCGAUGCAUUGGAACACUGGUUGUGUAUGAAUGGGUUUCCGGCAACUACUAUUCAUGGUGACAGAACACAACAGGAAAGAGAACAGGCACUGAGAUCAUUCAAGAGUGGGAAUACACCAAUUUUAGUGGCAACAGAUGUGGCAGCACGUGGUCUUGAUAUCCCCCAUGUAGCUCAUGUGGUAAAUUUUGAUCUCCCAAAUGACAUUGAUGAUUAUGUUCACCGGAUAGGUAGGACAGGGCGAGCGGGCAAAUCAGGAUUGGCAACGGCAUUCUUUAACGAGAAUAAUUUAUCAAUGGCGAAACCACUUGCUGAUCUAAUGCAAGAGGCAAAUCAGGAAGUACCUGCUUGGCUUACUCGUUAUGCAUCAAGGGUUUCUUAUGGCGGUGGCGGUAGGAAUCGGCGUUCUGGGGGAGGUCGUUUUGGUGGCCGUGAUUUUAGAAGGGAGAGCUCCUUCACUAGGGGUGCAGAUUUCUACGGUGGGGGAAACAGUAGUGGGGGAUAUGGGGUUCCUGGUGGCUAUGGUGGGGCCCCUGGGGGUUAUGGCCCGAGUAACGGUAUGACCAGUGCUUGGGAUUAGUGUUCCAUAAUUCCUGUCUUUUUUUACUCUUGAGUAUAUAAAACAUUAAUUUUCUUCGAAAUUCAUGGAUCAUAUGUUCUGUUUCCUUUUUCUUUCUCUGUUGUUGAGUUAGUGGUUCUGAUGUGGUAACUGCUCUGGUGAAUUUUGAGGAGAGGACUGUUAUUAGUUGGGUGGUUAAUGUGAAUAAUACAUUUAGUUUUGGCCCCCUGUAA